GAUUAAAUCAGGGACAAUGUCACGAACAAAACUCUUGAGAUUCCACAUAACACUUCUGUUAUCAUCUUUUAUUUCAAAAGCUGAUGGAUAUUACGCUUUCGUGUUGCAAGAAUGCCUCUACAGUUACCCUGAUCUCAGUGAUUUGGUGUGUCUUGAGUCAUAUUCCUUCAAUAAAGUUUUGCAUCUGCAGUUCAACAGCACUGUGGGAAAAUUUGUGGGAUAUACUGAGAAAGACCGUCAGCAAGCAAAGGCCUUGAAUGAGAAUCCUAAGGUCAUGCAGUUAGUAAAAGCAAAUAUGGAACUUUGCAAAUAUUAUAAGAAACUGGGUGACAAAGUUAUCUUUAAUAAAGUGGUAAAACCAAAGGUUAUGCUCAGUUUGGUUAAGUGGGAUCAAGACAAGCACUCUAUUCUGAUGUGCAGUGCAUAUGACUUCUACCCUGAGCAAAUCAAAGUGUCCUGGUUGAGAGAUGGUAAACCGAUGACCUCUGACAUGACCUCAACUCUGGAGAUGGCUGAUGGAGACUGGUACUACCAGAUCCACUCCCACCUUGAAUACACCCCCAAAUCUGGAGAGACAAUCUCAUGUAUGGUGGAGCACGCCAGCUCGACUAAACCCCUGAUCUACAACUGGGAUCCGUCUCUCCCUGAGACUGAGAGGAAUAAGAUCGCUAUCGGAGCUGCAGGACUGGUGCUGGGAAUCAUCACAACAGCUGCUGGACUCUUUUACCACAAGAAGAAAUCAGCAUUAAUGGGAAUUAGAGCAAAUCCAAUAGAUCAGUCUCUAUCCUUUUAACGUCUGUACUAAUGUAAUUUUUAACCCAGUGGUAUCACCUAUAAUCGCUGAGGCUAAAAUGCUUUUAAAAGCUUUGGCUUUCUCCACCAAUUUGAGAUGUGAAUCUUACUUUGCUGAUCAACUCCAGCUUUUCUUUAAAACCCCGCAGGGAGAUAGCACUGUCUAAGGCAGGGCUCAGGGAGACCGCUACUUAAAAACCCUAAGAAGGGGAGCAGUCACAUAGCUAUCCUCAGAUAGCUAUAUCCCUAGAAAGGGGCUUCAUGACAGGAUAAAAAACUAAAACCCUGGCAAACCUUCCUGUGAAGCUGCCCAGGCCACAGAACAAUCCCUGAACUAGCACAUGGAUGUCCUCAGAUAGCCAUGUACCUAGGAAGGCUACCAGAAGGUGACCGACUGAGAUUGCCCCGACCACAAAGAGUGGGCUGUCUAUUUACAACCCUAGCAGGGGAAAUUAUAAUUUAUACAGGAUCACAAAAAAUGCAACAUGUUGCUGAAAAACUGGAGGGUCUGCCUAUAAUGUCUCCCUGGUGGCAACAAUUUAAACUCACCAUAAAGAGGGUGAGACACAUCCUCAACUAUCCUUAAAGCCAUUUGCUUGACUUUACAUCGAUAAAAAUCACUCAAAUGUCUCUGUAUCUUACCAAUUAUCUUACUUGCCUCAUUCACAAUCUUGGAAAGCUUGACUCUAUUUACAAUACUCAAGUUAUCAUAUCACAAGGUCAUGUUAAAAGUCAAAAUACUUUCCACAAAAUUUUAUUAGACCAUUUCAAGUAUAUUCUUACUCACACCAAAGUGAUUUCAGCCUCCUGAUUAAAUACAACCUUUGUUGGGCUUAUUUACAAAUACUGUCAAUAUUCUCUAAAAAUGUAAACUGAGCGUCAAUUUAUGUCCCCAAAUACUUAAAAUUGCAGACAAAAUAUAUUGCAUUCCCAUCAAGCACUACAGGUUCCAACUCCAGGUUAUUCUGUUUACCACCAGUAAUUACCAACUCUUUUGUUGUCUGUAUUUAUCACAAGUGCACUCGACGUAAGCCGGGCUCACACUACAGGAUUUUUAGCCCAAUUAUGCCCCAAUUUUCCCCUCCUGAGAAUCGGAGAAAAUCUUGUCGAGCACCUUGAUCGGUCCUGAUGUUCAGCGCGGAUUAUCUGGUAAUGUGAGGCAUUCACAGUUUGAAUCUUGCACAUCCUGAUCUGCUCUCAUACAAAUCGGGGCCACCCUGAUUAAUAUCAACCAUGAACCAUGACGGCUAUAUGAUUACAUCAGUACUUUCACAACAGCCAAUGCGCAGCCGCAAAGCAGCUGCUGUACAGUCUGUUGGGUAGUGGAGGAAACUGCUUCUUGAGUUUUUGUAGUAACACAUAAUAUGUUGAACUGCCACAAAAUUACCACAGCUGUAAGGUGAAAGAGAAUCUCUGGGGUGAAAUCGUUUUAGUUCUGAAUGGACUGGGUGAGUGCAUAAAGCUGCUAGCACACUAGCUAACAUAUGUAAACAUUAGUUGCUGAAAUGACGAUAUGUUGCGUAAGAUCACGUGAGGAGCUCCCUCUGGCAUAAUAAUCCUAGUAAUAUCUUGUAGUGUGUGAUGCACCAAAAUUUUUAAAUCUUGUAGUGUGUGCAUGUUUAAGAUUUGAGGGAAGAUAAUCUGCAAGAUUCUCCUUAUGUGUGCGCUGCAACCAGAUUGCAGAAUCGGUUAGGAUUUUAAAAAUCCUGUAGUGUGAGCCCGGCUUUACACCCAGUGUUGCCAACUUCUUUUCAUGGAAAGUAGCUAAACCCUGCUUGAAAAGUCGCUAAAUGUUGCUAGAUUACGCUAUUUAUGAUGCAAGUGCUUCGUAUAUUGUCUUGCCUCUCUGUGCUCACAUAUGUCAAAUUCUCAAUAAAACUGUUUUCAUUGAUA